AAUAUGCAGUUAAAUUAUUGCCUGAAACAUAUUUCAGAAGUCUGAGAGAUCGCUGACGCAAGGUUUAAGGCUCACCUGAAAGUAAUGAUGAGCCUUCAGCGACUGAAGCCUCCUUCCUGACUGUCAUGAGGAAGUAGACAAAGGCAACUGCAAACGGCCAGUGUUGGUUCUUCAGAAUGAAGCACUUUAUCCACAGCGGCGGUCCUACACUAGUGAGGAUGAGGCCUGGAAAUCCUUCCUGGAAAACCCUCUCACUGCAGCCACCAAAGCGAUGAUGAGCAUCAAUGGAGACGAAGACAGCGCUGCUGCGCUGGGCCUGCUCUAUGACUACUACAAGGUUCCAAGAGAGAGAAGGUCAUCAACAGCAAAGCCAGAGGUGGAGCACCCCGAACCAGAUCACAGCAAAAGAAACAGCAUACCAAUUGUGACAGAGCAGCCCCUCAUUUCUGCUGGAGAAAACAGAGUGCAAGUACUGAAAAAUGUGCCGUUUAACAUUGUCCUUCCCCAUGGCAACCAGCUGGGCAUUGAUAAGAGAGGCCAUCUGACAGCUCCAGAUACGACAGUCACUGUCUCCAUAGCAACGAUGCCUACCCACUCCAUCAAGACAGAAACCCAGCCGCAUGGCUUUGCUGUGGGAAUCCCCCCAGCAGUGUAUCAUCCUGAGCCCACUGAGCGGGUGGUGGUUUUCGAUCGGAAUCUCAGUACUGACCAGUUCAGCUCUGGUGCUCAAGCCCCAAAUGCUCAAAGGCGAACUCCAGACUCGACCUUCUCAGAGACCUUCAAGGAAGGCGUUCAGGAGGUUUUCUUCCCCUCGGAUCUCAGUCUGCGGAUGCCUGGCAUGAAUUCAGAGGACUAUGUUUUUGACAGUGUUUCUGGGAACAACUUUGAAUAUACCCUAGAAGCUUCAAAAUCACUUCGACAGAAGCCGGGAGAUAGUACCAUGACAUACCUGAACAAAGGCCAGUUCUAUCCUAUCACCUUAAAGGAGGUGAGCAGCAAUGAAGGAAUCCAUCAUCCCAUCAGCAAAGUUCGAAGUGUGAUCAUGGUGGUUUUUGCUGAAGACAAAAGCAGAGAAGAUCAGUUAAGGCAUUGGAAGUACUGGCACUCCCGGCAGCACACUGCUAAACAAAGAUGCAUUGACAUAGCUGACUAUAAAGAAAGCUUCAACACUAUCAGUAACAUCGAGGAGAUUGCAUAUAACGCCAUUUCCUUCACGUGGGACAUCAACGAUGAAGCAAAGGUUUUCAUCUCUGUGAACUGCUUAAGCACAGACUUCUCUUCCCAGAAGGGAGUGAAGGGGUUGCCUCUUAACAUUCAAAUUGAUACCUAUAGUUACAACAACCGCAGCAACAAGCCUGUGCACCGGGCCUACUGCCAGAUCAAGGUCUUCUGUGACAAGGGAGCUGAGCGGAAAAUCAGGGAUGAAGAACGAAAGCAAAGCAAAAGAAAAGUUUCUGAUGUUAAAGUACCACUGCUUCCCUCUCACAAGCGACUGGAUAUCACGGUUUUCAAACCCUUCAUUGAUCUCGAUACUCAGCCUGUCCUCUUCAUUCCUGAUGUGCACUUUGCCAACUUGCAGCGGGGCACUCAUGUCCUUCCCAUUGCCUCCGAAGAAUUGGAGAGUGAAGGCUCUGUCUUGAAAAGGGGGCCGUACGGCACAGAAGAUGACUUUGCUGUCCCUCCUUCUACCAAGCUGGCCCGGAUAGAAGAACCAAAGAGAGUGCUGCUCUACGUUCGAAAGGAGUCAGAAGAAGUCUUUGAUGCCCUGAUGCUCAAAACCCCAUCUUUGAAGGGCUUGAUGGAAGCUAUCUCAGACAAAUACGAUGUUCCCCAUGACAAGAUUGGGAAAAUAUUCAAGAAGUGUAAAAAGGGGAUCCUGGUGAACAUGGACGACAACAUUGUGAAGCAUUACUCCAAUGAGGACACCUUCCAGCUGCAGAUUGAAGAAGCUGGGGGGUCGUACAAGCUCACCCUGACUGAGAUCUAAAGGCCCGCAGGCCACAGCUCCCCAGGAGUUCAGUGCAGGUGUUUCUAGAUCUUAUGGUUUGGCAAGUGCAGGUAACCCCCAGUCAGCCAUGUCGCCAGCACAGCUCUAUGUCAAGGGAAGGGGUUCCUUGCAGGUUGGAGGCGGGGCUGCAUCUGGCUUGGUGGUAGCAUUUAAUCUAUUGCAUUGGCGUUUUUCAGAUGAAAGAGAAAUCCAUAUACCAUUAUGUUUGAAUGUCCUGAUAUAUACAGGAUUUAAAGUGAAAACUUUAUUCCAAGAGUUAACAGAGUCUCUGGGAAGCUUUAGGACAUCUGCUACGUUAUUUAUCAAAAUAUUGGGAUAUCUGCCUUGUGCCUACAAUGUCGUGGGCCUGCUCGCUAGUGGAAGUCAGAAAAGGCGAUAGGCUUGGCUUUAAGAUUUCGUGCCCUUGCCUGAAUUCAGUACAACUCCACUGCCUCAGGUUAGUGGGAACGCACCUGAAGAGUACAGGGGUGAGCCCUCUCUCCCUUAACCUCUCAUUCUCCACCAGAUGUUUACUAAACAGGGCAUGUUACUGAAAUCUUCCUUUGCGACUUUCUUGGACAUAUCAACUGCCUUUCUCAUGAAGAAUGUUAAUGGGUUACAGUAUGGAUUCAGUUCAGAUAAAGCUGCAUUGUAUAUAAGUGCAAUAUAUUUUUGAAGGUCUGUAAAUGUGUACAUACAUGUCUUAUAUAAAUAUAUAAUAUAUAAAUAUGGUGUCUGUGUACAUAUAGUGAAGAUAUGCAGUAAGAGCUACCUUAAAGACUUGCCCUAGACAAAGGUUAAGUUAUUUUUGAUGAUGUAUACCAAGCAGAUAGAAUACUGUGCUUAGUGAAACCCACUAAAAACCUUUUUCUCUGUUUUUCUAAACACAGUCAUUCUGUAGCAUAGCAAAACCUUCUCAAAUGACAGAGAUUCUGUUUGCUAUUGAGAAUGUUGUUAAUUGGAUUUCUGCACUCUUUAACAAAUGAAGUAAAAGAAAAACACUACUGCAAUCACGUCUUUUGUUAUGCUAGUAUCAGUCAGAUGCACUUAGAGUGAAGAAACACUGUAAUUACAGCACACAGAUUGCAAGUAUUGUGUACCAAGUGAUACAACUCGAAAUGGGGUUCUCAUCUUCCUGUUUUGAGAAAUGAUUGUUUUUUCACACAUCAGAGCCUUCGUGCUUUGAUUAUCUUGUAUGUUAACAAUUCUAGAAAACAUUCAUGAAUUUAUAAAAAUACGUUACUGUGGCAGGGGAACAUUUUGUACACAUUUAAAUAUAUAAAAAUACUAAAAUAUGGAAUUUUAUAACAAAGUCACGGGUAUCUUUAGGUUCAGGGAACUAGGCUAGGUCAUUCGUGUAAAUGGACUGGUAGUAACAGUCUUAGGUUAAAGUAUUCUAAUGACGUAUGGGAACUCAAUUGCUGGUUUUCUAAGAUAAGGUAUGGGAUAUGGGUCAUAUAACUAUUUUAUAUUUUUUAUGAAAUUGAUUUUGUCUUGUGUGUUAUUUUUAAUUGUAUCAUUGAAAAUGUAUUUUAAACCAAAGGGAUUAAAUUUUAUAUGUCUAUUUCGUAA